AAAAGAUCACAAACAAAAAAAAUCCACUAAAAGACAAAGCAAUCCUCCCCCCAAGCAAAAAUCCCCCAGAACACUGUCUGCAGUGUUGUGUAACCAAAGUGAUAGUGUUAUGCAAGGGGGAGAAGAGUCAAAAAGUGAAAGGACUGUAAACAAAAGCUGGGAAGGGAGGGAGUGCCACCCUGUGUGCUGAGUUGUGGCUGGGUUUUGUUGUGUUUCUUUUAACAGGGUGCUGCUAAUCACAACAUGAAGACACUAUUUUCAGGAUUUAGGCAAAUUCUGUUGAGAGCUAUGGAGUCUGAUACAGCUUUGUGCAUGGAAAAUUCCAGAGCAGUGGAAGAGAAGAUAAAAGAGGACUCCAUCGCACGGAUUACUUGCUCAGUCCUGGGGUUCCCCACUGCUGAGCCCAGCCUCAGGAAUGAUAUCUUCAGUGUGCAGCAUUUUGGUUCCCCACCAUCCUCCAAGUGCUAUCAGUCUGUCUUGUUAAUGAGUACAAAUUCUGCGUUUAACAACAAAACUGGUAAGCAAACGAAAGCAGGAGAGCCCGGCUGCUCCAAGAUGAGAAAGUCAUUACAUAAUGGGGCUGACACAUCAUUUGGUCAUAUUAGUCAUUCAGAACCCGAGCAACAGGUCAAAGGGGCAGUGUUUUCAGAGACCACAUCUCCAAACUUAGCAGGAAUGCAGAGACUUUCAGGUUCAAGUGUAACUGAAUCCAGUAAUGCAGAAGAAAUGCAACUUUUAAAUGGUAAAUGGUACAAGAAGAAUGGGGUUUUGGGUAGGGCUUUGGAAGUCUGCACUGAAACAAUAAAAGGGGAUUUAUUACACCAAAUUCUUCGCGGGCCUUCAGAAGGGAUUUUGAGCUGCACCCAGGAGGAGGUGUGUGCUCGCUUACUCCAGUGUGUCACUAAGCAACAAAUGGAAAUCGGUCGCGCCAAAAGAACUCAGAAGCGUUUACAAAUGCUCCUGGCAAAGCAUGUUAUCAAACACUGUGAUCAGCAGCUGAAAUGCUUUGUGAAACAUCAGCUUCAGAGAAUGAAGGUUUUCCAUGAGCCAGCUCGAUUUUUGAGCAAUAGCUCCCUCAGAUGCACUGAAGGUUGGCCGGAAAACAACACAACUCCUUCGGAGAGUAGUUUGAGUGUGGAUGUACAGAACGGAGUUAGCGUCGCACCAGGUGAAAUCCGUGGCUUUGCACUUUCUACUGGAGGGCUGCUGUCUCGUGUGGAGAAGGACCUGGACUCUGAUGCAACGUGUAGCAGCUCAGAUGAAGAUGGUGAGGAACAGACUGUGGAAGCCAGCUAUACUUCUGAAUGGAAGUGGCUUGCAGACAGAGCUAGAAUUGGCAGCCGUUGGACAUGGCUUCAAGCCCAGAUUUCAGAACUAGAAUACAAAAUCCAACAACUAACUGACCUUCACAGGCAAAUACGUGCCACCAAGGGGAUGGUGGUCUUAGAAGAAUUCCCAUUUCCAAAACACAUUUUGAAGAAGCAGAUCCAAUUGACAGAGCAAGAAGCUUUAUUAAACGCCACAGGGAAUUCCCAAGCUGCCAUUGAGAGCCAGGAUUCUUUGCCGGAGCAUGACUUUGAAAUGUCACCCAGCAGUCCCACUCUGCUUUUACGAAACAUAGAAAAACAGAGUGCACAACUAAGUGAAAUCAUCAGCAGCCUAAUUGCUCCACUCAAUCUGUCUCCAGCUUCUUCAUCUCUUUCCUCCAAGACCUGUAGACACAGACAGCUGGUCAAUGGUAUCUCCUUCAGAGCUUCAGACAAUAGAGAGGUGUCCUCUUCAAGCAGCUGGCUGCUUGACCAUCAGCACAUCAAGAAAAGAAGAAGAGACAGGACAAGGCUCAGAUCUGUCUCUGUGACUAAUGUGAGCACAUCUGCCCGAACAAGGCCACUUCAUAGUUUCCAGAAGAGGAAACUCUACAGAAUGCACAGUGCCUGUCACUGGAAUCAGCAGACUUUUCCAUCUAGAGAUGCCUCCUUUCCAUAUAAAACUCAGUUUCCAUGUGUGGUGCCAGCCUCCACUUUCAGCAGCAGUGAGUACAGCACAGAAUCUAAAAUCCUAGAUUAUGUGCAAGAGCUGGACUCUUCCUUCCAUCCAGUCUUAUCAUUCCCUUCAGAUAUUCCUCUUCACAUAUACUUUGAAACAUUAUUAAGGAAGGAUGACAUCAAAGGAGAACCUGCUGAUACCUCAUCUUUGGGAGGGGACUUUAAAGUAUCUGCUGACAAUGACUACAAUCCACAUGUUUCUGUCAAACAAUGGAGCGGUGGCUGUUUGUCUAAUUCCAAAUCUCCAUUGGUGUUGGGAACACCUGACCAGCUGUCAGAAGGAAGAAAGAAAAGACAUCUAAGUGAGACAGCAGUAGGCGAAAGUAGCGCUCAUUUUGAGACAUUCUCCUUCCAACAUGCAGAGCCUGAGUCCCACAGCAGUUUUACUCCCACAAGCAGUGUCAGUGCCAUGUCUCGGCCCACUCACAGCACUUCAUCACAGCAUAACUCCAGGAGGAGGCUGAGAAGUGAGAGCUCCUAUGAUAUAGACAACAUUGUUAUUCCCAUGUCACUGGUGGCACCCUCAAAGCUGGAGAAACUACAGUACAAAGAAAUCCUUACUCCAAGCUGGAGAGUUGUUGAACUUCAACCUUUGGAAAAAUCUCAAACAGAUGAAGAAGAGGUAGAAGACCUGUCAGACAAAGCCUUUUCCUGGCGCCACAGCAAGUACGAGGAGCGAGAGCGCGCGAGGUGGUCGCUGUGGGAGCAGAGCCGCUGGCCCAGGAGGAACAGCAGAUCUUACAGCAAAAAUGCUGAUGGACGACACAGCCAGGACGUGGUGCAGAAAGACCUUUGCACUGCUGACCCUGCUCCUGACCCAGCUUUGGAAGCCCACAGCUCUGUUUGUUCAGGGAUGGCACCACUCUGCAGGGAGAGCCAGGAAGAGAAGUCUGGACUGUGGGAACUUCGAGUUUUUCCACUAAACGAUGAAGAGGUAGAAGCUUUACUGUGCCAAGAUCAAGUAACGAAUCAGACUGAAAUGUCAAGUGCAACUUUCCCCAGCAACUCUUCCUGCACUCCAGGCACACCCACUGCUUUGCCAGACAAUGGCUAUGCACCAAGAAAACAAUCUACCCAAGAGUCAGAAGACUGCAAAAGCAUUUGCCUGGGAAGCAACAGUACAAGGAAACAAAGGUGACAGGGAAUAAUGUGGUUCAUUAAGAAAGCCAAUUAAGGUGGAGAGAAGUGUAAGGUAAAAUCUCUCGUUCACACAGCAUAUUCACACAAUUCAAAAUCUUUAUGUUAGCUGCGUAUAAUAUAUUUUCUUUCUUGCUUUGUAACAGGCAGGAUAAAUCCCAAAGACAACACUUUCUUCUUCCUGAACCCCAAGAGAAAGUAAUUAUUUCAAGCUGGAAGUCUAAUAUUCCCAGUGUCGGGAGUGGGCGCACAUAAAUUGCUGGCACCAUUCACUUUCUGUUGUCAUAUUGCCACAUUUGUCAAUAAUCAUCCUUUUCUGUUUGUUUUCAAAUGCAUAUCUGGUUCUAAUGGACUCUGGUGCAGCAGGAGAUGCUGCCUACCUUAUCCAACAACUUCAACUGAACACAGAAAAACUACUUGAAAAUAGAGGGGAUAAGCAUUAGCCUCAGAUUAUUCUCCUGUGUGGCAGAGCCAUAGGGCAAAAACCUGUCUCUCUAACUGCAGGUGUAAGGUGAGGGUAGGUGAGAACCAGCAGUUCAAAGCAGGGGAUCUGGAAGCCUUGCAUCUAGCUGAAGUCAGGGCUUUCAGUAGUGCCAGGGCAUGUUUCAUGGUGAAGUCCUCAAGCAAUAAGGUAGAAGCAGCCACUGCAUUGGCACAGUCAGUGUGUCUGACACAGGGGGAAGCAGGGUUUCUGCUUCUGGCCUGUGGGGAGGGAGAGACAGGAGAGAGGGGUUGAGCCAAAUCAGUGACACAGCCCAUGGAAUGCUGUGGUUUGAAUCAUCUUAUUUCCUUAGUCCUUCAGUAGCUAAUGAGGCUCAUAAUACUUUGCUUUAAUAUGUUAAAGUCUUGUUCCAAUUUCUGUACAGUGCCUUGUAAGAGUCUCAUAAGUAUGCCAACAUUUGGUGACUAGCUGGAAAGGAAAAGAUGAUUGAUGUCUUGAAGAGCAAUAAAAAAAAGCCCCAAAGCUUUCCAUUGUGAUUCUGGGUAGAUUUUUCAUUUCCCAAUACAUGCACAGUGAGAAAACAAAGGCAAGUUGUUUAAAACUUGCAUCUGAAUAGCAUAGCUUGGAAUGUAUCUGCAAUCCCAAGAGGUAUUAACAAAGAUUUAAACAUUGAAUGUAGGUGUAAUCCACCAACAGGCAGUUUUUCUGUGUAGGACAGUUGAAGGCAAUUUAAUAGGAGUCUCUGUUUUUUGUGCAGUUUUCUUCCAUGUGUAAUAUCUGGAAUGGCACUGGACAGAAGACCCAGUUUUAGUGUCAAUUUUUUUUUUUUUUGUCAAAAUGACAGGAAAUACACACUGGGUGUAUGAAAACAGUUCAGUAAAGUUUCAACACUACAUCCUAUUGCUACAUUGUAGUUUAUUGCACAUUCUGAUUAUUUUUUUAAACACUUUUUUAACACUGGUUUGUCUUAAACUUGAAUCUUGCCUCAAUGUCUGAUACAAUAAUCUUUGAUGCAAGGUUGUUUUUUUUAAUUAAAAGUUAUUUCUAUAUAUGUUGUACAUAGUCUGAAUUUGAUGGCUUUUUAGAAGUGAAGAAGUAGCAGCAAUACUUCCUCUUGGCAUGGAGCCCUGCUUGGCCUGCUGACCCACUGCAGCUUGCUGUGGUACUGAUGCUGCACUUACACUGUGAGGCCAAGGGCCCCCUCCGUGCCUCAGUACAGAGGUGUGUGCUGCCCUCUCUCUUGCCCUGCACGUGCAUCUGCUUCCAGGAAAAACUUUCUCAAAGGUCAGUGUCCCAGAUGUUUUGCAGGUCUUUUCCAUACCCCUGUCUACUCCUUAGGAACCUGAUCUGACCAGCUCUCACCCAGCUUUGUUGUAAGGUAUGGCUUUCCUGUGUUGUCUGAUCCCUGGGGCAGAGGGAGGAACUGCUGCACUUCAGGAGAGGGGACAGACAAAGUAACCAGCCAGCCAGGCCAGUUGCCUUCCAUGUCCUGAAAGUGCUGCCAGGAAGAGGAAAUACAAUCCAAUCUGUUACAGGAGGCCUUUUCUUUACUGGAGGGUGGGAACAGAAGGGUGUUGAACAGGAGGCCAAGGACCCCCCUGUGUCAGAGGAGCUGGGUUAUCCCAGUCUGGUUAGCCUGGGGACCUGCAGAGCAUCCCUGCACUGCAGUUCAGGUUCCAGCUGCUGGGCUCCUUGCCCACUGCAGGGGCUGCAGAGGCAGGUAGUGCUCUGAGCAAGAGGAACCCCAUCAGCUGUGUCCCCUCUAAGUUCUUGCUAUUGCUUCAUCAGACAGCAAUAAAAAGGGUAUUUAGAGAAAGGCUGAGCAGGCCCAAGACAGAAGCAAAAUGUCUAUUUGGUCAUUACCCCAGUCCACUCACUGCAGAAAUCUCUUCUCCAGCAGCUGCCUUGCAGCUGGCCAGGCCUGUGACAGCACACUGUGGCUGCUGGAGAACAGUGUGGUUCUGCUCCUCCUCCCACAGUGCCAGCACAGGGCUGUUCCAUGCGUGCUGCACAGGGCUCUGCCAGCACUCGAGCAGGAUGUGCCAGGAACAGGCUGCAUUUCCCCAUCACCUGCCCACCUCCCGCAUCCCUCCCGCUGGCAGGGCCAGGUGGGCAGUGCUGUAUGCACAUGGCAAGCGAGGUGGUUCUCAGGAAGCUGCAGUCCUGUGCCCUGCCUUCUCUGUCUCCACUCUGUGUCUUGGCUCCAGACAGGGACACGUGGUUUUUCAGCAGCCCCCUUUCAGUGCUGGGACAGGGUUAAACAACUUGCUGAACUCAGCCUGGUUGCAGGAGCAGCCUGUCCUCUCCUUUGUCCCUCUACUACAAGCAGCUGCAAUCAGCACUGGUAGGCUGCUCCACUGCCUGCAGCCCAGGGCCUGGCACAGCUGGGCUCCCAGCUCCAGGCAGGUCACUUUUGCAUGGAUGCUGGUGUCAUGAGGAAGCUGUACCUGUUGUGGGAGCAGGCUCAGGGCUAGGCUCAUCCUUGAAGCCUUAGAAUGGGCAGAAUCCCCUGCUUCUUUUCAUUCCUUUUCAAAGUUUAAACAAAAAAUAAAACCCCAGACAAAACCCAACCUCUCUUUGGCUGUUAAGCUGUGAAAACAGCUGUUAGUGCUGCUCCUACUGCUGUGGCUGAAGGUAUUGAGUGACUGUGAAAACCAACUUAAAACCCAAUGCAGCAAGGCUCCCCCACACAUGAAAGUAGGUGUCUGCAGCUGCACAAAGCCAUUUUCCAUGUGCUUUAUUUACCAUGUUCAAUUGAGGCUUUUUUUUUUAACACCACUUUUGUUCUGCUUCCUGCUGCUAUGAGGGUUUAAAAUGCUUCAUCUCUGCAUCCAGGAUCUUAAUGGCAUGUAAGUACAAAUAAGAAUUUUUAAACCCUAUUAAAACUAAGCUCUGUGUGCAUCUCCUGCAGUGUUUUAUCUCCCUCAGGGCUGUGGGCUGUACCACCCUGUGCAGCACAUGUGCAAGCCCAGCGUGACUUGGCUCUGUCCAAGUUGUUUUCAUCCUGUUUUCCAGUUCAGACAGACCUGUGCUGUCAGAUCACUCCACACCACAUGCCUCAAUAUACCAGGCUGUGCUCUCCCUUAUUGCUGAGUCCUUAUCAGAGGAUUGCAGCAUCACAUGGGCCUGGGGUUUAUUCAGCCCUGGGGAGACCAUGCAAGCAGCUCUCUGGGUUUUCAUGUCAGCACCCAGUUCCAGUCCUGGGACAAAAGGCUUGUUACUGAGUACAGGAGGACAGGCCUAAACAGGCCCCAGAGAGAUCACUUCAGUAAAUGGACACAGGUGA